AUGACACAAGAUCAAGUAACCCUAGACGAAUACAAACCAUACAUUGCCGACGAAUUAAUUGAAAGAGGGCAUGCUAGACGUAUGGGUCAUCUAGAAAAUUAUUUUGCUCUUUUACAAAGACAAAAACUAUAUACUAAUUUCUCCAUCUACGGUGAAUUGAACAAGGAAGUGAAAGACGUUGACCUUACACGGGCGUUAAGGAGCAUUAUUUUCAAAAAUCCGAUUUUGGCCCAUACUAUUGUACCUAAGAAGUAUCCUGAUCAAGAGCCAUUUUACCAAAGCGAGGAAUAUUUGAAUGCCCCUUAUCCUGAGCAUGAUUUCAUUAAAGUUUUACCUAAAUUAUCACUUUCUGAUAUUCUUAUCAAUGAACAGGAGGAAUUUCGAGAAAUUGUAGAUGAUAUAUUAACUCAAUUUAAAGAAGCUAAUGGGGUCAUUACACCAGAUAUUAUGAAGGCAGUUGCAUAUGUUAUAAUCCCCAUCUGUGACCCUUCAAGACCAAAUUGGAGAUUAUUUAGGUUAUCACCAACGAAGUUUUUCUAUAUUAGUAAUCAUUGCACAUCAGAUGCAAUUAGUGGUGUGAAUAUAUUCCAAGAUAUCUGCACUGAACUGUCACAAAAUGAUGAAGAACCCUUUAGGGACGAUUUACAAAUUUUCAAUUAUGAGGAAGAUUGGGAAUCAUUCCACAAGAUAUAUAUCCCAAUUACAGAUAUAAUUGAAUAUCGUCCUGCUCUAACUUCGCUACCGAAAAUAAUUGCUUCAGCGUUAGUGAAAGGCUUCUUGAAUUACAGAAAUUGGCCCACAGAACUGACUUCCACAAAUGACAAGGGUAUACCUUUUGACUUCAACAUUAUAACCUUCACUAAUGAUGAAGUAAAUUCCAUCAGGGAGACUGUCAAAAAAUACAAUUGUACUUUUACCCCAUUUCUACAAGCUUGCUGGUUCGUAGCCAUGUUCAAUAACGGUAAGAUCUUCCACAUGGAUUCAUGGAGAGAAUGGGGGCUUGAUGUAGCCAUUCCAAGUAAUUCGCGAAGAUUCCUAGCUGAUGAAGAAUUAAAAGAUAUUUAUAAGUAUGGUUCCAACGUUGGUGGAUUGCAUUACACGCAUUUAAUCUCCUCGUUUAAUAUUCAACUAGAUGAGAAGGAGAAGUUUUGGGAUUUAGUACAAUAUUAUCAAGAUGGCUAUACGAAAUCGUAUGAAAAUGGUGAUCACUUCAGUGGUCUGGGGUUAUUAAUGAUGGACGGACUCGUCAAGAGACAAAAUAUCGAUAAAGUCAUAUCCUCUGAUUACCUACACAAGACUCGUGCUGGUGUACUAUUCAGCAAUGCAGGCUUUUUCCCACAGGACAGGACGCAAGCGUACCACGUCAAUGAUUUGCUUUUCACACAGAGUCAAGGAGCCAUGAAGUUUUCCUUUGGGCUAAAUAUUGCUACUACCAACAUUGGAGGAAUGAAUAUUGCCAUAAACGUGGCGCAAGGAACGUUUGACGAUGAGGAGGGGAUCAUUGACCUCAGCCAGGAUUUCUACCGUAACAUCAAGAGCUUCUCAAAUAUUGCUUAA